GAUAGAACAUGAACGCGAAGAGUGGGAAAUAAUUCGGGCGUCGCGACGACCGUGGGAGUCGCGCCGCUACUUCCGAGGAAACAGCAUCCCGGGGGAUAACACCUCGUGACGAUCGUUUUUAGAUAACAGGGAGAGAGGCAGCCGAAUCUCGAGAUGUCGAGGCCAAUCCUUAGCAGGCCGCGCACGUUCAUCUACGGCAGCAACUAUGACAAGGGCGAGUCCUAUUACAAACCCAUGGUUGAUCACCUAGACCGGAAGUACAGCGGACGACCAUUGUUCCCGGAGCCGAGAAACUCACUAGCCGACGAGAUCGCGGCGCGUCGUAGCGACAUCGGCACGCGCGACCUCUCAGGUCCCCGCACUGGCUCCCUAGGUCGUGACCUUGACCUCGACCACGACCCUCGUACCCGCGCCUCCCAACCACCGCCCUUCACUGACCCUCUACUAGCCUUCGACGAUGAGGACACCGUCUACGACAGCCGUGGGCAACGCAUACCGGGACGUCGCAGGCUGGGCGAUGACUUCGCAGACGAAGUGACAGCAACGACACGUCGGUUUCGCGCUCGGGUGGCAGCGAUGGGUCUCGAGGACGACUUCGAGGCCACGUCCAACAUCGCGGGCCAGGCCAGAAGGAACGCUACCGAUCUCCUGGAGAAUACGGUGGCCGCCAGGAAGAGCACCAAAACGGCGAUCGAAGACGUCGAAAACAGCUUCAAAAGACGCUCGAAGCUCUUCGACGAGGUCGAACGCGUCGACGAGAGCAAGCCAGCGUUCGCCAGAUGGUCCAAGUUGAUCAACGAGGACGACGACUUAGCACAGACCAGCGCCGCCGCCAGUCGGGCCAUGCAGACGAAAGCGCGUCUCCACGAUCUCGAGUCGGAGAUGGAAGAACUCGCCGAGAAGCAAGCCAAAAGAGAACGCAGGGCCGCGGCCCUCAGGGCGCUGGUCAACGAGAAUGCCGCUAUGGCUGAUGCCGAUGUCGUUCAACAGUCGGCCCUCAGCAAGAAGGUGCGCAUCGCCGAACGCGCAGAGAAGCACGUCAGCUUCUAAAGAAUCUUGCGAUCUAUCUUAAUUUUCAUGACAGUGUUUUACAGCCAUUAAGCAUUACGCGCUGAAAACUUUGAAGAACAUUUCAAGGAGGAUCCGUUAUUAAUUGUUUAUGUAUUACAUAAAAAGAAUGGUUACUUCAGUGAUACUUCAGUGAAACCAUUCUUUCUGUGUAGCAAUUA